AUGGCUGUGUGAACACGCGAUCUGCCACGCUGAAUACACUACGCACGGCUUACGCGAUUUUAUUACUUAUUGUUGACGCACUAAACUAUGUUAUAGUGUUUCCCCCGCUUUUAUACGUGGACUUUUCGUGAACGAUACAUAAAUGGCUCUUCACCUCGAGACUGCGUUGCAGCGAAAGUUAAACUUCAAGAUGACCACGGUGCGAUCACAAAUUUUCGCGAGCAGCGGCGGUUGUCGUUCAGCGAGCGGCGCAGGCGGCGCAGUGACGGUCGCGAGCGCGGGCGCGGGCGCGUGCGCGGCGCGCAUGGCGAGCGCGGGCGCGCAGUUCCGCGGCGGCACGCAGCAGUGGGCCGCGGCCUACGCGCCGCCGCCCUGCCGCUACCCGCCGCCGCAGCCGCAGCCCUACGCGGCGGCACCUAGCCCCUAUACGCCACACCAAGCCUUAAUUUUACAGUACACUGGUGCGACCAUGGGCGGCGGUUGCGGCGCGACCGGGACGCGGGUGCCUACCGCCGCGUCGCCAGCGAACACGGCCUCUAGCUCUUCCUCCAACUCUGCAGGCGGCACCCGGUCCACCAGCCUGAGCACUGCGCCUCCCCCGCCCGCGUCCUCGGCUUCCACCACGGGCGCGUCCGGCGAACAGCUCAGUCGCACCAAUCUGUACAUACGUGGCCUCAGCCAGAACACCACCGAUAAGGACCUAGUCCAAAUGUGCCAGAUGUAUGGCAACAUUAUUUCAACAAAAGCAAUAUUGGAUAAAAAUACGAAUAAAUGUAAAGGUUACGGUUUUGUAGAUUUCGAAACAAUCGCGUCAGCGGAGGCUGCUGUUAAAGGAUUACAAGCCAAAGGUGUUCAGGCCCAGAUGGCUAAAGUGGGUAUCUGGUUCCUGCGUAGACUGAACCGUCAACAGGAACAAGACCCGACCAACCUCUACAUGGCCAACUUACCACCGCACUUCAAGGAGAACGACGUGGACCAAUUGUUGGCCAAGUUCGGCCAGGUCGUGUCUACGAGGAUCCUGCGAGAUACCCAUGGACACAGCAAAGGAGUUGGCUUCGCGAGAAUGGAGUCAAGGGAGAAAUGCGAGCAGAUUAUCCAGAUGUUCAAUGGGAAUCCGAUACCGGGGGCUAAGGAGCCACUGCUAGUGAAGUUCGCCGACGGAGGCAACAAGAAAAAGGCUCUGUAUAAUAAGCAGAACGACAACAACGGCCGAGCGUGGCGGGACAACAAUGAAUCAAUCACUCAGGCCAUGAGUGUAACCGGCGUGUACACGUCCGGGGUGGCGGGCACGGGCGCCGGCGGCGAGUGUGCGGGCGUGUACCGUGGUAGCGGCGUAUACGGCGUAGCAGCGUUCCACCCGCAGCUGCACCACCACCACCACGCCGCGCACCCUGCCGCCUGGCUGGCGCCCUACGCCGCGCUGCUGCCGCCGCACCACGCGCCGCACCCCGCGCACCCCGCACACCCCGCCACUAUACCCAUCGACACCGUGCCAAGUCAAUAUGUAAACUGGGACAGCUUAAGGCCGGAAAAUGAGCUAUACUACUUCACGUCGCACCCGUACCAGUACUUCGCGGGGCCCACUCCGCCGAUCAUCCAGAUGCCGAUGGAGAGCGAGCACGCGUCCACGGCGGCGUCGCCCGACGAGGCCUACCAGCCGUACCCGCCUCCCAAGUAGACAUAAGCCACGCUACAACAAUUCAUGCUGUACACGAGCCAAAAAUCAAAGCAACUGUGACUUUUACGAUGUUAAUUUGUUUUAGAUUUAAUUUGCGGCCGUUACAGACUUCAUCGAAAGCUACGGCCCAUAGAGCUUUACGUUUAGUUGGCGCCCGUUGCCUCGACUGUUUAUUUUCUCGAUGGGCUCGUCUCCGAUCCUCUUGGCUUUGCGCUGAACGUGUUUGCGUGCGCGUGAUUCGCUGUGAUGUUUUGAUGAGGUCUUUUGACGGUUCGAGGAGAGGAUUUGAUGUAUAGAUUAUAGCUGCAAUUUUAAAUGUGUUUUUACAUUAUAAUUUUAUUUUUUGUUUAUGAAAUUUUUAAUGUAAGAUUUUAGGCGCGGUUUUUAACAUGUUGACACGAUUAUUUAAGAUAGUUAGGUAUUUAUUUUAGCAUAGUUUAAUUUCAAUGAAUUUAAAAAUUUAUUUUUGAAAAGAUUUUUAUCACAAAAUUAUUAUUUAAAUUGCGGACUAAAUAAAUAUAUAAAAUCGAACAAACGAUGUGCAAUCUGGAUUAUUCAAAACGUUGUUUAGUAUAUUGAAAGAGUAGAGAGUAUAAUAUAAUUUCUUUGUAACGAAAACAUAAUCUUCCUGGUUAAGAUCGAUUAGAGAAGGAAAGCAAUAUCUUCGCGGUUAGAGUAGAAAUGUAGAGGAAAUGGUCAUAUCAUGUGGAAACAAAUAUAUGUAUAUGCUACCAAAUUGUAAAGUAUGUGAACGACUUAUGUGUAAUGAUAGGAAAGGUUUAUCACAGUUUAGACGUCGUGCAAAUAAUGAUUAUGGCGAAGAUUGAAAAUCUUUCGUGAAAUUUUGUAUUUUUAAAAUACAAGAGUUACCGUUGCAUUAUAUGAACGGAACAGACAGCAAAUAAAAUAUUUUAACCUUUCGAUAAGACAUUUAAUAGUUGGAGUAGGUAUUUUUGACCACCACGUGGGACUAUGGUCGUGAUUAAUGUAUGUAUAUGUUCAAAAUGUGUUUGGCAUGGUGCUUUAGUCGUUUUUAUUUGGAAAAUGAUACUAUACAUAUAAACUAUACAGUAUUAUCUACAUUAUUCAUUCAUACUGGUGCAGUCUUCCAAGAACCGCAAGUACCUAUUUUUAAAACACUUUAUUAAAUAUUGUAUCAGUUUAGAAUUUCUGUUGGAUAUCACAUCACACAUUUUUUUCAUGGACUACUCAGAGCGCAAACGAACUUCACAGCAUCACAAACUUAUCUCAUCCUACCCGUUCUUGAGUAUACAUCGAUAACACUGCUCGCCAUCAUUGUCACGUUUCUAACAAAUCAUUAAAAAAGCGGCUUAAAAAUUUUGAAUACUUGUUAAUUUUGAAACAUAAUAAUCGAAAACGUCGUUGCCAAACCCAACUACAGACUGAAUUUAUGUAUACCGUAAACUUCCAGAUAGUUAUUUCUUGAUCCAUGUUUUGAGUCAUAAUAAUUGCAAAGCAACCAGAGGAGCGCAAUAGACGCGUCCGCCGUCCGACGCGUGACGCGUGCACAGCGCGUCGUGCGCGUCGCGCCCGCGUGCGACGGACGGCCGAGGACGCGAGCGACUGCGAGUCGCGAAGGCAACAUUAGCAAUAAGCAGUUGUAAAGUCUAUUUAUACAUUUUACGAGUCUAUACAAAUUUUUGUACGUUAAACUCAUAUUCGAAAUACGUGAAUAAUGAUGUGAUCCUUUUUUGAGAAUCAUGUACUGAAUCAACCGUAGUUAGGCGGUCGGCACAUUCCACUAGGAGACAUCAAACAAAAAUUCCACGAUUGAUUUCCACAUUAUGAAAUGUAACGGAUUCCAAAUCCAAAGUAUGAACGCCGUUUUGGUGUAAAUGAGCACAUUUUGUACCAGCGCGUAGGUUUUGGGUACACUUUAUGACUUUAUAUAAAAUUUGAUAUUUUUAUAUUAAAUAUAUAUAAAUUAUACAUGGAUAUGUAUACAUGUAUAUACAUUGUUGAUGGGUACGAGUAAAAGCCUACUAUAUCGCAACUGUUUAAUUCUAUUUUGGCACGUCGAGAGUUUCAUCAGAACCAAAGUAUACUUAAAUCACUAAAAUCGCGUAAGACGUAGGGAAAUAUUUAUACAAUCCAGGGACUGAAGACUAGCUAAAUGUUUGAUAUAUUAACUGUAUUUUAACUGACGAUUAAGCGACAACUUCUUUGUUCAAAACCUGUGAGCCGACUUUAUUAAUAAAUAAAUCAAUACAGGAACUGAAUUAGAUGAAGACAGGUUUUGAAUGAACGACGUAGACAUUGAACGAAUUAGUAGAUUUAUUUUUGUUUCACAUAAAUUUUCAGGAAUAGACUGAGAUUUGAAUAAUCAACUAAGAAAUAAUAAAAUAAGUUUUCUGAAACUAAGAAACAACAGCUUCUGAAAUUAACAAUCGUUAAAGUAAAUCUUAUUUCUUGUAGAGACGAACAGUGUAGGUAUUAUUAGUGGUUUCGAUGGCAGAGUAAAAACAGCAAACAACUGGGCUGACAGUCUGCCCUUACGUUUACAUUCAGGCUGUCGUUUUUAUGUAGAUGAACAAUGCUACUCUACAGAAUAGGCCUCGUUACAAAGGGUGAUGAAAGUGAGAUUUUUUACUAAUGUAACUUUGCACUGAACGUAUUUUAACUCCGUAGAUCAGUUUUAUAGUUUCUGAUCGAGCCAAAUGUUUCGAACUGAUAAAUACCGCCUUUAAAUCUUGAACUUAAAAGACCCAUUAAGUGCGAUGUAUUACCGAUAUCGCGUGGUAGGUACUUAGGUAAGUUAAUCGAUUGUCUAGUGUUCGAAGUACACCGUGGCUUCCUAAAAAGCAGUCUUCCGAUAGAUAUUUCCGCUGUGCAUUUAAAUAGUCGAACCCAAUGUUUAAAUUCAUUUGAUUUUCUAUAUCUUCGUCCCUUAUUGUGUUUUAAGUCAGAAAGAUGGCUGUAAAAUUUUCCCACCCAUUUCGAUGUCCUUUUUUCAAAGACUAUAUUAAUUUCAUUCCACAGUGCAGAUUGAUGUUCCCCAAAUAUAGUAAGGUAAUGCAAAUUAGAAUCGCAGAGUUUAAUUGAAUCGUAGCGUAGUGUGGCGCGUCUGACGACUGACGACUGACGACUGACGAAUCGUAGCUUGUGCGUGUAGCUGAAGAGCUAUACACCGUCAGAAGCAAAUGAAUUAUUUUUCAAAUGCUUUCCUUCCAUAUUGAGCAAUAAACUUGAUUUGAUGGUAGUGCCUUCAGCUUCGUUUAAAGCAAUGAACAGAAACGAUACAAUAUAGCAGUUGCAUGUGCUUUACACGAUAUUUUUACAGGUAGUAAGAGGACUUACCGUUUUCAUAAACGUAGUAGUAAUGUUACACUGUGGUUUAAAGUAUUUUAUAUUAACUGAAACGUAAUAAUGUGGCUGUCUAAUCGUUGCAUUUUUCACACAUGAUGUAAAGAUUGAAUCGGAAGGUAAAAUCUUAGAUGUUCCUAGUUACGCACUUCGACAUUCUUGACAUGUGUGAUCAAUAUACGUUACAAUGAGAUUAUUGAGGAUUUGUUAUAUUGUAUAGUGAGAGCUACUCAAACUAAAAGCACAAAAAUGCAUAUUGAGGAACCAAUUCCUAAAUACCAAAACUGCGAUACAAUUGAAAAAAUCAUGUCGAUGAAUAGAAGUGUUAAGUUAAUGUUUUUUUUAAAAUAAGUCAUUUAGUUUAAGAGAAUGUUGAUACGUUUUGCGACGGGGAAGACGAGCUGACGGAGCGAAGACGACUUGAAGGCUAGCUUUAGAGUUAGGCUUAACUAUAGAUAGGUUAGAAUAGCAAAAAAAAUGUUUCGACGCUAAGAUAGAUAGAUUAGAGCCCUAGAAUAUUCCGGAGGGAGAGGCGCGCGGGCCGGCCGGCUCUAGGGUAGUUUCCUUUGUUAGUUUAUUAAAUAAUUUAAUUUGAAUGGACUGAGGCCGAGGCGGGGCCGCGCGCCCUCUCGCCGUAGCGUAAGGACUAAGAGAAUUAGUGAACACAUUUCGGGAUAAGUUUCAGUUGAAGAGUUUGCUUUCAUCUCUUUUGUUACGUAGUUGACUAAGUGUAAAGAAAGAAAACUAAAUGAAAAAAAACAGUCAGUGGGAAGUGUCGAUACGAAUGUAUUUGUCCAAUGUGUAUUAAAUAUAGUGUGGUGUUCUACCCGGCAGACUAGUCUAGAUAGUAGAAUAGUUUAGAUAAAAAUUUAGUUAGGUAGCCUAGAAUACGAAAUGCAAAAAAUAAAAACUUCAUAAAAUGUAAAAAAAAAGAUGAAAUUGUUGGUAAGAAAGAAUAUUUUUAAGGGACAUGUUGCUUCGUUGUGUUAUGGUGUGAGAUUUGGCAUAACUAUGAUAAUAGUGUAAGGGCAUUUCUCGCAGAGAAACACAUAGAGGAAAGUUAUGUAUCUAUUUUGUUACAAAGUGUUUGCAAGUUUCUAUAUUGUGCUAUGAGCAUUUUAUGUGACGCGCAUUAUUUAUAGUUAUGCUGAAUGGAGACUAAAAUAAUAUAUAAAUAAAAACAAAAUGGUACUAAGAAGCAUGUUUUAUUGUGACGAGUCAUGUUCCUUUGCAUUGAACAUAUUUUGUAAGAGCAAAUGAUUGAAAUAAAACAAGCAAAACCAA